AUGGCAGGCGGCGGCGCCGCGUCCCCGCCGGGCCCCCCCCGGCCUUGGAGCCGCCUCCACGCCACGCCCGCGCGGUGCACCCGGGACCACGGGUGAGUGCCCGGUGUGUGCCCCCCCGCUACCGCCCCCCCCGGCCCCGGUGCGGCGGCUGAGCCCCUGUCCCCGUGCAGGGCCCCCCGGCAGCCGCAGCGGCCCCCGGAGCCCUCCCCGCGGUGCUGGGUGAGCCCCAAGAAGGAGUCGGUGCACAGCAUCCAGGGGGGCAUCGAGUGCCCGCACAGCGCGGCCACCAACAGCGGCUACUCGCGCAAGGCGGACGGCGACUUCUUCUCCCCGUAGCGGCCCCCCCGCAAUGAAGGCCCGAGCGGCGCGGUGCCGGCGGGCGGAUCAGAAUCGCGGCGCGCUCAGGGGCCGGC